AUGUCUGGAAGAUGCUUCAAAGAUGGCUGUACAAAGCAGCUUUAUGGGAAAUGUGAAUGCGAAGGCAUUGUCUUAUUUUGCAAAGCGCACAGCCUUGAGCAUUUAGAAAAACCAACUUCUAAAGGGCACCGUUGCCUAAGACUAUACUUUAAGCCAGCAGAAGAAAUUAAGCAGCCAAUUAUUGAUAAACUAAUAGCACUCAAAGAAGAUAUCAAAAACUACAAAAUUGGCGCACUAAUCAACGCAAAUACAAUUAUCAAGAAUUUCAAUACUACGCUUGGAAUAUAUAUUGAUCAGAUUAAUAAAGCAGAAGCAAGAAUCAAUAAAGUGCUUACAAUUUUAUAUAGUGGAGAUGAAGUUCUUGAUAUUGCUAAAGAUGAUGAUAUGGAAAGCGUGCUUAAAUUAAAUGCUUCAGAUGCCCGGUGUAAGAUGAAUGGAUGAGAUAUAAAAGAGUGUUACCUAGACUAUAAAGAUAUUAAUGCAGCAAUUAGCAAAACUUAUGAAAAACCUUUUAAUCCUUUUAUGUAUGAUAUAGAAAAUAUGAUCAUAUCAAGCGAGCUCUCAUUUUUUAGGAAUAAUUCUUCAAAUUUUGCAACUAUAAAUUUAGAUACCUUCCAGAUUUCUUCUACUGCAACUCUUCCAACUCAAGAAUCAAUUAGCGCAUACACUACAAACUGUAUACUUCCUGAUUAUACUUAUUUCUAUUGUUGCAAUAACACUAGUUCAGGCUUAGUGUUUACUAUUGACAAAAAUAAAAAUGUUAAAUAUCUCCAAAAUUCAAAAGUAAAUCAUUAUGCUCAUCCUAUCUUUUAUAAUAACUUCAUCUAUUUAAUUGGAGGAAAUAAUAAAUUGGCUGAAAGGUAUGAUUUUAAACGAAACGUGUGGGAAAGCAUGGCUCCACUACCUCAAGGUUUUAAUUUUGGAAUUAGUUGCAAUGCUUUAUAUAGAGAUUUGAUUCUUAUAACGAGCUAUUAUAUUCAAAAAAUUAUAUUCCUAAUUAAAACUUUCACCGUCUUACUAUUCAUUAUAUAGAAAAAAAGAUAAUCAGUAUAAAACCUUUAUUCAAUAUAAAAGGGUAUAAUUUAUAGCAUAACUCAAAACAACUACCAAGAAGUCCCCAAUUUGCUGUUAAAUGGCAAUUAUCAUAAAUUUAUGCUGAGAGGGAAUAAAAGAGUUUAUUUAUUUGAGAAAGGGGGAAGGACUUUUGAAAGUGCUGAAAACAAUGUUUUUAGUUGGACUCAAAUAGGGACUAAUAGCAUCACAGGAGAUUUAAAUCAAUCAAGUGCUGUUCGCUAUAGCGUAGGGACACUUUUAGCGUGCCCUUAAGCUUUUGCUUCUUCAGCAACUUUGAGUUGACUGGCCACUUGAAGAUUGCAAGCAAAACCUGCAAGUUGCUGAGGAAGUGCAUGCAUAAUGACACGCUAAACCAGUCCCUAGUAUAUAUAAGGGUUGCCUUUACUUCGUUGUUUAUCCAAAUCAGCUGUGGAAAUUCGAUCUUGGUUCUAAGCAAGCAUCUCAAGUCGCAACAGUCUAA